AUAACGAAUGUCUCAUGUUUAGAGUCCCUACCCUCCACCAGACUGCGCACUUUUCGGUGCUUAGCAACGUUAACUCGCUGGAGUGGAGUUGUACUUCCGGCGUAGAAGAAGACGUACGCGCCUGUGGGUUAACUGCUGGGCCCGGUAAACGCGAAAAACAAAUCUGUCAACAUUGAAAGGCCGAGCAUGAGUGCCCUGGACGAAGCCCAGCCACUUCAUCCCUGUUGCCGUGACAAAACAACAGUCUCUGGUAAUUCGUCAGAUUUCGGGGAGGUUGCCAAGCAGCCUCUCCAAGGCCUGAAAUUGGCAUCGCACGCGGCGCUGGAGAGAGCGCAGCGGAGUGGCAGGUUGAAGUGCUCGAAAUGUGGAGGAUCAAGGAUGUUCUUCUGCUACACAUGUUGCUCAUUAGUGGGAGUCAGCAUUCAAGAAGUUCCCUUAAUAAAGCUCCCUGUGAAGAUAGAUAUCAUCAAGCAUCCCAAUGAAACUGAUGGCAAGAGUACUGCCAUCCAUGCCAAGAUACUCGCACCCGGGGACGUGACCAUAUACACCUACCCGUGCAUCCCCGAGUUUGAAAAGGACACGGUGGUGCUGGUGUUCCCGGGCCCGGGGGCCGUCUCAGUUCAGGACAUGUUGCGGUGUUUACGUGACAGGGGGGGCAGCGGGUCGCACGCCUCCCCCGCCGAACCCAAAGCCAAGAGGCGGAAAAGCCAGCCCGUCCACGGCGCCACACACGGCGCCGAAGACCCGGAGUCAGGAACUCCGGAUGAGGCGCCCAGCUCCGAGUCACGGCACCAUCCCCUAGAGAGGGUGGUCUUCAUCGACAGCACCUGGAACCAGACAAACAAGAUCAGCACGGACGAGAGGCUGCAAGGUUUGCUCCAAGUGGAGCUCAAGACGAGGAAAACCUGCUUCUGGCGCCGUCAGAAGGGAAAACCAGACACCUACCUGGCCACCAUCGAGGCAAUUUAUUAUUUUUUCAAGGACUUCCAGCAGCUUUGCCUUUCUCAGGAGUACGACGGAGAAUACGACAACCUGCUCUUCUUCUACUCCUUCCUGCACUCGGUCGUCAACAAAGCAAAGAUGUCUGCAGGAAAAUGCUGAAGAAGAAAAAAAAGGGAAGCCAGACUCCCGAGACUGAGCUAUGGCGAAGGCACAGAUCCAUGUGCAAGCCCUCAUGUGAGGGUGGCCCCGUUUAAUGACCAACUGCUUUUUAUUUUCGAGAGGCCUCAGUUUGUAUGAGGAAAAGCAAUAAAAAA